AUGCCUGCGCUUCCUAGUCGCUGCUGCCAUUGCAGCAGCUGUCGCGGGACCCUGGGGGGCACCAAGAGCUUGGGACUGUGUCAUCAACAUUUUGAGCAACUGCCAUACGCUCAGAUAGCCUCAGACAACGCUGUCUCUGAGGGCACGGUGCAGCUCUGCGUGGAAAGGACCAUGCGUCUUUUCCGUGUCUGCCUCGAGAACAGGGAUAACGUUGCCCUCGUUUGGAGGGACGUGGGCAUGCUGAUCAUCCAGGGAAGAGACGUAAAAAUGAGAUUUUACACAGACUUUCUGAAAAGGCUGAAUGGGACUGACCAGAUGUUGCAAGCUGUUCUCGAGAUGCCAGAGAUGAGGGACUCGGUCAUCUCACGCCAUGACACUGCUGCUUCCCAGACCUCUUCUGGGCGUGUUGUCGUCCUACCGGGGUACAAGCUUGAGACCGUGCCUAAAAUGCCAACAGUGAAAGCAGACCUGACAGGACAUGUGAAGGCCACCCCAGAGAAGGGCUGGGGAAAAGGUGAUGGCAGUGGAAAGAAAGAGGACCUUGCCGAGCAGCGCCUCCUUCGUCGAGCAAGGCUUUCUCCAAAGCUGUUACCUGCAGCGACUGUAAAGUCAGAGCAGGGUCAGAAAGCUGAGGGGAGGGAGCCUCGCGCCAGGCAGCUACCGGCCAUCCAGGGGAGCUCCUUGAAGGAAAAGGAGGAGAAAGAGAAACAGAAACUAAUUCCUCUGGUCGAACCCCGAACAGUAGACUUCAUUGCCAGAGCUAUUGAGAGGAGAGAAAAGAAUAAACACUUGAAGAGGAAGGAGAAGCUUCCAGAACACAUCCAGAAAUACUUGGAUAAAGAGGAAAAGGAGAAAACAGAGCUGGCGGAGGAGGAAAAAAGUAAACUGCAAACCCGGCCAGUGACCAAAAAGAAGGCUAAGAGCGAAAAGGAGACGGUGAAAGCGAAAGCUAAGAGAGAAAAGGAGACACAGAGGAGCCAGGUACUUUGAA